AAAUUGGAUUUGCUCUAUAAUGUAAAAUCCACUUUGGCUUUCCCCCGCCAAACCUCACCGUUUUCGCUUUACUGUUCUCACGAACUUCUCCGAUCUUCUGCCAGUCUGCCACCCUAAUAGAAAAGAGAGCUAAUCUGCCGCUGAAUUUUAGAGGGUUUUCGAAAUUUCCUACCGCCAGCGGUUCCAGAAGAAUCGAAGGAUUGGAUAUAGCAAGAUGAUUCGAUCGGUGUUCAGACUAUCCCGAGCUGCAACAACCGUCGCAAGGACGGCGCAUUCGGGAUUCAACUCCCGCAAGCCAGCAAUUGUUGCCCCAUCGGCGGCGGCGGCGUCACGGUCGCUUCACGAGAAAAUCGCCGGUCCCAAUGCCAACCCAGUUGCCAUUCAGAUGAUAGACUACGCUCUCUCCCUUCCACGCGUUCAAAAGUCAGAGGAAUCGUAUGGGGAAGCUAUGCUGGUGCUGGAGCAGUGCCUUGCUUCGCAGUCGAGUGAUGUUGAAGAUUUUGUGACCCAAAACUCCAAGGGAUUGGUCCUACUCGCCAUGGCCAAUCUCUCGUUUGAUAGGGGGAACUUUAACGAGGCAUUGGAGCAUCUACGGAGAAGUCAUGAGCUGGAGAAGGCAUCUUUGGGUGUUAAAGUUGCUGCAUUGGAAGGUCUUGUUGGACUGAGCUUGGAGUUGGGGAAUGAUGAUGCUUCAACAGUGCUCGCAGAUAAAUGUUUAGAACUGUUGGAAAAAGACGAGUUAGCCAGUACCAGUGCUGGUUUUGAGGUUGCAGAAGCUCGUGCUAAGGCACUCAAAGGUUUUGUUGAGUUUGUUCGUGGCAAUUUUCAAGCAGCGGAAUUACUGUUUGGAGGAUUACAGGGAAAUGAUCACUGUGCUGGGUCUGCUGCUUUGUCAUAUGGAGAAUUCUUGCAUGCCACACGAAAUUUCUCAAUGGCAAAGGAAUUGUAUCAGAAGGUUACUGAAGGUGAGGCUGGGAACAAAGGUUUCAAUGACAUCAAUGCAUUAGCAGCUUGCAACAUGGCUUCAGAUCAAGUUCAGAUAGCAGCCACUUGUGCCCUGGGACAGCUUGAAGCACACAUUGGGAAAUUUGGCGAUGCGGAAGAAACAUUAACCAAAGCACUAAAUAAGGCCGAGUUAUUAUAUGGUGCAUCACUUCAAACUGUCCCUCUCAGUCCUCGCCACCCUAGGGUUGGAGUGGUCUUGACUUGUUUGGCACUCAUGUUCCGACAGAAAGCGAUACAAGAGCACUCAAGCUCUCUCUUGAUUCAGGAGGGGCUGUAUAGAAAGGCAAUCGAGUUGCUGAAAGUCCCAUCGGUGGAUUCUGAAGUUAAUCGAACAAUGGGAGCUUGGAGGGACGUUGCAGCACUUGCAAGAGCUGGCUACGGAGAAGCACUUUGUGUUCAAGAUAACAGAAAGAGUGAAGGAGAAAAGAUGAAAAGUUGGGCAGAAGCUCAUUGGAGAAACAGCCACUUAUCUCUUGCUGAGGCGCUCAGAAUCACUGAAUCCUCCAACAGAGUUCCAGUGAUAGAUGCUCGAACUGGUAGAGCUCUGUAACUGUAAGCUCAUGUUUUCAAUAACAGCUGAAUGCUACUUGUUGUACACAAAAUGAUAUAACCAUUAGAGACAUCUCUUUGAAGAAAUAAACUUUUCUGUACUAGUACAUUCUCCCAGAAAGUUACCACAUAGUAUGUCAAAUCCAAAGUACAAAGAUGAAUACUUUUACAGAGGAAUAUCCAGGCCUUUCCCAAUCUCAACUCCAAUCACUUCAAGUAUGCCUCUGUGUAUUAUCAGUUCGACGAUGAAAGUCCCAAUUAGGCCAAUCAUGCAUGCCCUGGAGUUCCAGGUUUCAGCAGUCUUGGUAAAGCCUAGGAAUGGGGCUUGGAACUUCGGCUGAACUUUUGGCUGCACCACACCAGCAGGAAGCCUGGCGGCUUGGACUCUGAAAGAAAGCUGCUUCUGGGCGGGUUUGCUGGUCUGGGUGUUGAAAGGCAGCAGCAGGAGCUGGUGCGAGGAACGUUGAAAGGUGAGAGCUUUAGCAGGGAGAGGAGAUGGAGACGAAAUGGAAGACAGAGAAGCCAUUGUCGUUGAGAAAUGAAGGAGCUCUUGUCCGCCUCUGUUUUGUUAGUGUUCGGAUGAGCGUUCUUCGCUUCUUAUCCACACGACGAUUCUGGUGGGCCUGCUCAUUCCAAUUUUAAGUGGCUGUGGUGUUAUUUUGG